GAGAAACACCAUAAGUAGGCCUAAACGUAAAUGCAAAGAUAGCCGAGAUUGUUUGAAAAAACAGACGCAUACUUUCUCUCAACUCAAAUGUGGAUUUAGGCUACAAAUGAAAAAUUGGAUUAGUCUGCUAUAUUUGGCAGCAGUUUACUUGGCUGUCUGUCUCGCUAAAGAGGAACCUUGUGUCUCUGUCCCGCACUCACACACUCGGGGAAUGAAUUCAUUGUCGGACAAUCAUUUCAACAACAGUGCAGUGCUUUGCAAAACGAUAAUGCUGCGCAGCACAUUUAAGCAGUCGGUGUAGGCUUUUUGUGAGCUUGAUAGGGUAUAGGCUACUGUCACACAAAGAUUGUGUGUUUGUAGAAUGAGUGACAUGGAGUCAAGUGAACGAGAAGCUAUCGACUGGGGAACUAAACUAGCAGGUGAGCACCGAGUGUUAGAUAACCUCAAAAGCUGGCCUGAGACAUUGCUGAUGAACGUUCACGUUGGCUUGCCACAGCCUCUCCCAGAUGAUGCCAAGUGCUCGUUGGCGUCCGGCGAGUGUUUUUACUUCCACUACGGCUGCGACGGGCACGACGACCGAGGCUGGGGUUGCGGUUACCGCACGGUGCAGACGCUGUGUUCCUGGCUUUGCAGGAGCUGGUCACCUCCGAAGGGGACCUGCAGAUCCCCACCGAGUCUUCCCGACAUCCAGCGAGCUCUGGUUACGAUGUGUGACAAACCGGCCACCUUCUCCGGGUCCCGUGAGUGGAUAGGUACGUUCGAGGCAGCUCUGAUUAUGGACUAUUUCUAUGAUGUGGCCUGUCGUAUCGUCCACGUACCGGGUGGGGGCUCGCAGCUGGAAGAAGCAGCACAAGACCUCCACCAGCACUUUAGCACCCACGGUUCACCUGUCAUGAUGGGUGGGGACAGGGACAAUUCCUCUAAGGGCAUUUUGGGAGUAUGCACCGGGACACAGGGUAGCUACUUGCUUGUUAUGGAUCCCCAUUACUAUGGACCCCCGCUUGACAGGGAUGAGAUGCAGAGGGGAGGAUGGGUGUCGUGGAAGAAAGUGAGCUCCCUGGAUCGCAGUUCGUUUUACAAUCUCUGCCUUCCUCAGACGGCAGCAAAGUGAGCUCUGCUACCCUUUAACUGCUACUGCUAAAUAAGUGGGCCUCAGGGUCCAGGGACGGUCUUGAACUCCCCUACUCGUUAGUAUAGCUGUCUCAAGUAGGGUGACCACCUCCAGUCAGACAAAAUGUGGGACAAGUAGCAUGGUAAAGAGGGACAAUGUGGGACAGACGUAAUAACUUUAAACUUAAGAUAUAUUGCCAGAUCUAAUUUACUAAGCAACAUUUUUUUAAUCUACCGACAUAAGAUUAAGACACUACCUAGGCUAAAAGACAAAACAUUAAUUUCGCAACAUCUCAUCUUUAUUGGGACUAUCAAAAUUGUCAGCUGUCCAAGGGACCAGGCAUUAUGCAGCUGAAAGAAUGCACUCAGUGAAUCAAAUUCUUAAAACACACAAAAAAAAUAUUAGACCCACCUAGCCUAAG